CCCGUGGUAGUAAAGCUCUCAGGAGGGUAACACAACAUUACACUGCGCACUGGCAAGGCUGGAUUUGACGUAUUAUUGUUAUUAAACCACCAUUUGACCGUGACCAGUCCCCGUCGGAGGAGGAAAAUGGUCACAAUGGACGAACUUUGUGGAAUGGAUUGCAGCGUUUUGAAGAGGUUGAUGAAGGACGACAGUGCGAAAUGUCUGCUUUUGGACUGCAGGUCGUUUCUGGCGUUCAGCGCCGGUCACCUCCGCGGUGCUGUAAAUAUUAGAUGCAACACAAUAGUUCGGAGGCGAGCGAAAGGCUCCGUGAGUCUGGACCAGAUUCUGUCCGGUGAUGAUGAAGCGAGAGCCCGUCUGAAAUCAGGGCUGUACUCCGCCGUGAUCUUGUACGAUGAGCGGACCUCUGAUACAAACACCAUGAAAGACGACAGCACGAUCACCCUGGUGCAUAACGCUUUGUGUAGGGACACGUUUAGGACAGAUGUAUAUCUGCUGAAAGGAGGCUACGACAGAUUUUCCACACAGUAUCCCGAUUACUGUUUGAAAACCAAAACACUGGCGGUGUCCAGCCCUCAGUCCAGUGUGGAGAGCAGCUGCACCUCCUGCGGAACUCCACAGCAUGACCAGGGUGGCCCUGUGGAAAUCCUCCCCUUUUUGUUUCUUGGCAGUGCCCUCCAUGCAUCUAAAAAGGACAUGCUGGAUCGUAUGGGCAUUUCUGCUCUAUUGAAUGUAUCUUCAAAUUGUCCAAACCAUUUUGAAGGGGAUUACCAGUAUAAGUCUAUCCCAGUGGAAGACAACCAUAAGGAGGACAUCAGCUCUUGGUUCAUCGAAGCCAUUGAAUUUAUAGACUCCGUCAAGGAUUCCAACGGUCGUGUUCUGGUGCAUUGUCAGGCUGGCAUCUCACGCUCGGCCACUAUCUGCCUGGCGUACCUGAUGAAGAAGAAGCGUGUGCGUCUGGAAGAGGCCUUCGAGUUUGUUAAACAGCGUCGCAGUAUCAUCUCCCCCAACUUCAGCUUCAUGGGUCAGCUGCUACAGUUCGAAUCUCAGGUGCUGGCCACUUCCUGUUCUGUAGAGGCCGCCAGCCCUUCGGCCACUCUCGGCCCCAAGUCUUCCUCCACCCCCUCAUCGCCCUUCAUCUUCAGCUUCCCCGUGUCAGUAGUGAUGCACAGCCAGUCCAGCAGCCUCACCUACCUUCAGAGUCCCAUCACAACCUCACCAAGCUGCUGAUACAGCGCAAGACUGAAAAAAAAUUGCUCACAAACACCAGAAAGGGUGAAUUUUUCAGACGUUCUUCAAUCAUUUGGUCAUUCUAGCUUAGCUGCACCCCUUUUUUUUAUGACUUCACUGGUGACCCAUCCUCAUCUAACUCGCCCUGCAGUCUCCACCGCACAUUAUUAUCAGAAGAAUAAAUCAUAAUAUCCUGUGGGGACAUUUCAUCUCCUUCAUUUCCUGUGCUUCACUUCCAAAGACUUCGUGAUUGGCCGGCGGGGCUUGUGGGAAUGAAGAACAGGAGGUCCUUCGACCCUGACAAGUUCUUCACACUGCGUCUGGACUUCCCAUUUAUCACUUCCUCUCCCUGGCCUUCCUGAAUUCUUUUGAUAGAGACGAUUGUGGCAUGACCUUUGGAAGGAAGUGUCUUUCAUCAAGCAUCUGUCAGUGCCUUGUACAAAGAAGGUACACAGACACUUUCACAAGACGCUCACGUCACCGUUGUUUCAGACUGAUCGAGAACAAGACGUUCACAGCAUUUCACUCUGCAAUACAGAUCCGUUCCUGUCACAGAUCAGAGCAAUAACUUGAUUCCCCUUCCUUCCAGUCAACACCAAAGCACUGUAUGUUCUUAUAUAGUGUGAAAUUUAUCUGAAAAAUUUGGUUUUAUUUGGUAGUUUCUACUGAAGAGAGAUUUAUGAUUGAUUUCUGCUGUAUGCCUUACCAACAAUGACUUCCGCACGGAAUGUUCUCAUUAAUAGACUAUUUAACAAAUAGAGUAGGAUAAAUCUGGGUUGUAGGCCUACACUGAACCUUUUUACACUGGAAGUUAGGAAUGGGACAAUUGGGAAGCCACUUUCCUAUGAGUCGAUUUGUUUUUUAAUAUUCCCCUUUGUAAAGCUCUGCGAGGGAAACAUGCCUUGAAGAGUCCCUGUAGCAGCUGGUUUGUUCAUGUGUGUGGGGACCUGCUUCUUUUUUAUGAGAUUGUGGGCACCUUUUAUAGCACUGUAAGCGAUGCACAAUUGAUUUGAGUUUUGUUUUGCACCUCGCCGGAAUUGAAGUUGUAACCGGGCAGCGUUUCCCACUUUUUUUUUUUUGGCAUAUUAAGUGAUAUGUUUGUCUGUCAAACACUGAGAUGAAUGCAAUACUUUUUACUGUACUUGUGAGAUGUUAUUGUCUGACGUGACGACUAAUGGCAAUAUCAUACUGAGGGAUUAAAUUUUUUUAACUCUACCCUGUUCUGUUGUAUUAUAUGUGCAUUUUAUUUAUCUCACGGUUGUCAUUAAAUAAAAACCAUGUUCUUUAA